AAAAACAGCUGGAUAACACUACUCAAAGGGAAGAGGAACUAACGAUCGUUUGAUAUUGACGUUAAUAUCGCGCAUCAAGCAUCGCUGGAGACGUCUACGGUCACCAAACACUGCAGCUUUCUUCCUUCGCACAACCCAAGGUUCUGAAAGUUUUUUUUUUUUUAUGCCCUCUUUCAGUCUCUCAUAGAAGGGCCAUGGGUGUUUUUCAUUCAAUCCACAGGGUGUUGUCUAAAAUCAUCAAAGAACCCUGAUUGCACUCUUGCACUCUUGCACUCAAUCUCCAUGAUCUCAUCCAUCUCCUAGAGAAAAGGGAUAAUUCCUUUGAAAUCUCCCUUAAUUAUUCAAAAGAUGGCAACAAGAUAUUUUCCCUAGUUAUGGUCAAGGGUCACACACCAAAAAGGUAAUUUUCGAGGAGUGAUUAAAGUGGAGUGAAGUUCUUCAUUUCAUUCACCCAGGAGGAAUUUUGCUGCCACAAAGUGAAUAUGGCGAAGCGGGGGAAACUAUCCAAGUCAUGUACGAAAAGAAAUAUGGAACUGGACAGAAUUAGCAACUUGCCAAGUGAUGUUAUAGGAAAAAUUUUGUCAUUUUUGCCUAUUAAGGAGGCAGUGAAGACUAGUAUUUUAUCAAGCAAAUGGAGGUUCCAGUCGGCUAUGCUUCCACAUCUUGUUUUUGAUGAUCAGUGUUUCUCAACUCAAAACCAUAAAACCUUUGAGAACAUUGUUGAUCAAGUCCUCUUACUUCACAUUGGCCCCAUACACACAUUCAAGCUUUCUCGUCCAGAUCUUCCAGCCACAAGUGAGAUUGAUCGAUGGAUUCGUCAUCUAUCAAGAAAUUCUGUCAAUGAGCUCAUACUUCAAAUUUGGAAAGGGGAUCCCUACAAGAUACCUUCAUGUUUGUUUUCUUGUCAAGAUAUGGUUCAUUUGGAUUUAUAUAAUUGUUCACUAAAACCUCCUUCCACAUGCAAAGGCUUCAGGAGCUUGAAGAGCCUAUGUAUCGAUGAAGUUACUAUGGCCCAAGAUGUGUUUGAUAAUGUGAUUGUUUCCUGUCCUCUGCUUGAGAGAUUGACUUUGACAAAUUGUUGUGGUUUCACCCAAGUCAAGAUUCAUGCACCAAAUCUCAAAUUCUUUCACUUUGAAGGCCUUUUUGAGCAUGUUACUCUAGAGAAUACAUUGAGUCUUGCUGAAGUUUACAUUUAUUUGGACUUUGAUUAUGACCGUAGACAGGCUCCUGCCAGUUAUUGCCAUUUGAUCAAGUUCUUUGUUCACCUGCCUCAUAUUCGAAGGCUCACAAUUCAGGGUUACUUUUUACAGUAUUUGGCUGUUGGUGCCUUGCCUGGAAAGCUGCCCAAACCUUGUCUAUAUCUGAGUUUUCUUUCUAUAGACAUUUACUUCAGUGAUCCAUGUGAAGUUUUAGCUGCUCAAUGCCUUCUGAGAAGCUCCCCUGCUCUACAAGAACUAGAAAUUAUGGCCAACCAUGAGAAUCAGGACCAGGCUGUUAAUGUAGAAGUGAAGUCUUGGUUAGAUGCCAAUCAGAAUUGGUCAUUUACCCAACUGCGACUAGUGAAAAUAACUAGCUUCUCUGGUUCGGAAGCUGAACUAGAUUUCAUUAAAUUUCUGCUCUCAAGUUCACCAUUGCUAGAGAUAUUGACUGUUAAGCCAGCUGCUUCUGUCGUGGAUUCUUUGGAGCUCUUAAAAAGGUUGAUUCGGUUUAGGCGUGCCUCGGUGCAUUCAGAGAUAGUCUAUUUGGAACCAUGAUUCAUCAAUGAAUUUCGGCAGCGCUGAAUUGUAUUUUUGGGCAUGUCUUUCUUUUCUUUUUCUUUUUUCUUUCUGAUGCAUGUGUGUUUGUUCUUCUGAACCGUGUCCCAUACUGGCUCUCCCUUUGUUGAGACAGGUUUUGGCCAUUUUGCAUCAAAACUUUCUUACUCUCUCU